UGCUUGCUCCUUCAAAGGCACCGUCGACGUCACCAACAGCUACGCCGUGCCCUUUGAAGAAGAUGACAAGGAUCCAAGCAUCUGGUUUCUUGACCACAAUUACCACGAAUCCAUGUUUUCCAUGUUUAAAAGAAUAAAUGCAAAGGAGCAUGUCGUCGGGUGGUAUAGCACAGGUCCAAAACUGCGUGAAAAUGACCUUGACAUUCAUGGCUUAUUUAAUGACUAUGUUCCAAAUCCUGUUUUGGUCAUAAUUGAUGUUGAACCUAAGGAAUUGGGAAUCCCAACAAAAGCAUAUUAUGCUGUUGAAGAGGUUAAAGAGAAUGCUACUCAAAAAAGUCAAAAGGUCUUUGUGCACGUGCCAUCAGAGAUUGCUGCUCAUGAAGUUGAGGAAAUAGGAGUGGAACACUUGCUUAGAGAUGUGAAGGAUACAACCAUUAGCACCCUUGCGACAGAGGUAAGUGCAAAACUCACAGCCUUGAAGGGUUUGGAUGCAAGGCUUAAAGAGAUAAGGAGUUACCUUGACCUUGUUAUUGAUGGAAAGCUUCCAUUAAACCAUGAGAUCCUGUACCAUCUGCAGGACGUGUUUAACCUGCUACCAAAUCUUAAUGUUGCUGAUCUUAUCAAGGCUUUCGCAGUGAAAACAAAUGAUAUGAUGCUAGUAAUAUACCUCUCAUCUCUCAUCAGAAGUGUAAUAGCACUCCACAACUUGAUUAACAACAAGAUGCUUAACAAAGAGCAUGAACGGGCAGAAGACUCAAAAUCAGUUACAGUACCGAGUGCAGCUGCGUAAGUUUUGAGGGUUGUGAUAGCUUGGAGCUCUAAAUGUUAUUGAAUACAUGGAUUGAGAUUGUUGCACUUUUUUACUUCGGUCGAUCUUGCCUAUUUGUGCUAGGGUUAGAGAACUUACACCUAACAUGGCAUAAUGAUCCUUUUAUGCGAUUCCGGUGCUUCAUGUAUUUUACCCUUAAAUACUUAUCCAUUUUCUGUUCGGUAGUUUUGGAAGUAGCCGUUAAAGAAUUCAAUAUUAUAAACAAAUUGAUUAAAAUAUCAGAAUUCAGAAAUGAAUCUUUGCCCCGAUAAUUUUUACUUGA